UUCAAGGCACUUCGCUACAUAAGAGUUUGCAAGAGAGUGAAGAGUAUCAGUAAUGUACCACAAUCGUUGCUAGUAGCACCAAAAUUAAAAAAUAAAUCAUAAAAACAUGGAUAACAUCAAACGUGUUCUAAUAAAGAUCAUAAUCUUCACAGUGAUAAUCGCCAUCCUAUCAGCCAGUGUAACUGAGGCCAAAAAGAGCAAAAGACACUCAUCCAAGCUCUCAAAGCGACAUUUUGAACACAUCGAGAAGUACCACAAGGCAAAGAGAAGCACCUAUGGCCGCAGUUGGGGGAAGGAGAGUUACAGCGGCUACGGAAUGCCCCCCUACCUCAUAUAUAAUCGAAAGUUAGGAGCUUACUACCCGUAUUAUAAUAAUAAGCCAGAAAAUAAUAAUAGACGCAGUAUGAAUGUGAGAAAAAGUUAUUAUGAUUCUAGAAGGUAUAGUUAAAGAAUACAUACACGCCUGUCUCCCAUGGGGGUAAGCAGAGACAAUGGACCACCAAUUGCGGUUAAUCUUACAUACCUCUUUCACUUCAUCAAUAGUCAUCAGUCUUUUCAUACGUGCUCGUCGGUUAAACUAAAAGUACCUUUUACUUUUAGUUUGGCCCUUCUUUAAUAUAUCGCCAAUCUGGUAUGAUAUCUUUAAUAUAUCGCCAAUAUGAUAUGUCCGUUUAGGGACGCCCUCUAGUUAAAUAAUUUUAAGCAAAUAAAGUACAUAGGUAUGUAAGUAAUGAAAAAAUGCUCAAUAAUGUUAAAAUAAUAUGUAGUUUAAUAUUUAUUUGUUUUAAGAAAACGACUGAGUUGUUUUAUGUAAUUUUAAUAUGUAAAUUAAGAAUUGUUUAUAAGAUAAAA